GGUAUUUCUCACCAUGGUCUCCGCCCCUCCACAUACAAUGCAAUGGGCGUUUCCAAACAAAAGACAGCAGAGGGCACUUCAAAAUGGGAGAGAGCUUCCAUGAACAGCUGCGAAUAGACAGCCGGUUCCUGAAAUCGGACCGACGUCUAGAUACAGAACUGGUGGAUAAACUCAUCCUGCAGCUCAACAGAAUCUACCCACAGAUCCUGACUGACAAGGAGGCCUCCAAGUUCAGGGAUUUGGAUGUGCCCACCUGUAUCAGGCUGGCGGAGCUGCUGAAUCAUCUACAGGAGAAAGGAGAGGAGGCAUGUCGAGAGUUUUACAGCGCACUGCACCUCCACGUGGAGGACGUUUAUUUCAGUUUACCCACACGCCUCCGACUCCGAGAGUCUGGUGAACCAGUUGUCCCAAUCACGAGUCCCAAGGACAGAUAUGUAAUGAAUGACCAUAGUCCGUUUUUCUUCCUUAGUUGUUUCAGUUUGGCUGUAGGAGCAGCUCUGCUGUAUUACUAUGGUGAGUCCAAGCAGGUGUCAGGCUCCAGCAGUGCUCUGGGUCUGGCUGCGAUGGGUCUUAGUAGAAAAGUGCGGGACGUUCUCAUCUGGUACACAGAAGAUGGAAAAUGAUGGCUUUUUUGCUGCCUUAAAAAAGGAAUUUAGACACAGCAAUUGAUUCUGAAAUACUCCGUUAUCCUUGUCAAAAAUAUAUAAAAAAAAUGUAAUUCAGGUUUUAAAAAAUAUGUACAUACUAUGUAUAAUAGAGAAAUUAUUGUUAGAAAUCAGAAUUAGAAUGGCAAAAUUCCAAAGAUUUCAUUUUUAGGUUUCAUGGCUAAAUCUGGAAUCUCUUGUAACAAUUUUAAAUAUAACAAUUGAAUGGUUUAUAUAACUGCUUAAUAUUUUUAAACAAAAAACAUCACAGUCAUUGAAAUAAUAGCAAUUUAUAUGCAAUACCAAGGGCAGGAACUCAUUACUUUUAAGAAAAGUUGUAUAGGAACCAAACUCGCAACUUGCACUAAAGUAUUUAGUUGAAGUUGAAACGCUGAGCUGCUCUGUUAAUGUUGCAACCCUAAUUUUGUUUGUGCAUUUGUUUUAUUGUACUUUAAAAAUAGACAUCAAACUCAUUUAUAUAUUAUUUAUAGUCAGUAUCUUUCCAUUCUCACAGACUUGGGACUUGCCAAGAGAUUAUAGUAGUAAAAUGUUGGAGGUUUAUAAUUCACUACGCCAUUUAGUACAUGCAAAACUGGGUAAACUUGACAAAUCAAAUAGAUCAACGUGUCAAUAUUUAGACACGUAAGACAAUAAAGACUACAGAUAACGAUAACUUAUAACAGAUAAGUCCAGUAUCUUGGAGUAUUAGGAGUUUGUUACUUUGUAAUACCUUUUUUGUGGGCUAAGUUUUCAACAAAUAUGUUUAUAUUGUUUGCUUACUUUUAUACUAGCAGCAUGUUUGUACUGGUUUGUGUACUAAUAAUUAAUAUUGUCAAUUUACACUUGUGGCCUUGUUUCUGCAGUGCAACUGUAAGUAUUUUAUAAAACUUUUGGCCUGGAAAUUUUCAGAUGAAUUUGCAAAUGGGGCACAUUCACAGUAGUUAACUGAGAAACUAUAUUUUUUGUCAGGGGUUAAAAAAAUGAUUAGGCUAAAUAAAAGUGUGGAACUGUUGCUAAUGUACUUGGAGAUGAAUUUGAUUUCCACAUCUUGAUAUAUCAAAACAAACACUUGACUAGUUGCAAAAAAAUGAUUGCUGAAAAAUAGUUUUAUUGAUGUCAGAAUUAUUGUUUUGUCCUUAAAUGCAGCCGAUUUAGGACUGAAGAAGACCAGUGCG